AUGUUGAUCAACUUCAAUAUCGCGGCGCGGGGGCACAUGAGCCAGCCCCACCUUGACCUCCUACGAACAAAAGAGUCUAACGCAGAAGCCAAAAAUCAGGUCUCGCGGAUAAAGGAGCGUGUCGAGGAAAAGGAAGGUAUUCCUCCAGUCCAGCAGCGACUGAUCUAUGGUGGAAAGCAAAUGUACGAGGCCUCGUAUACUUCCCCAAUCUCGUCCUCUCCUGUGGCUCGCGCUGACCUUUGUUCUUCUUCUAGGGCCGAUGACAAGACCGCUUCAGAAUAUAACCUGGAAGGAGGUGCCACUCUGCACCUUGUCCUUGCCCUGCGUGGUGGAAGCAACGCACUCUAG